CCCCUCGCCCCCAUGCGGCGCUGAGGCGGCGGCGGUGGCAGCGGGGCGGCCCCGGGGCGGCGGGGCCCGCGUCGCCAUGGAGGGCAUGGACGUGGAUUUAGACGCGGAGCUGAUGCAGAAGUUCAGCUGCUUGGGUACUACCGACAAGGACGUGCUGAUCGGCGAGUUCCAGCGGCUCCUCGGCUUCCAGCUCAGCCCGGCCGGCUGCGCCUUCUUCCUCGACAUGACCAACUGGAAUCUACAAGCCGCCAUUGGAGCCUAUUAUGAUUUUGAGAGUCCAAACAUCAACGUACCCUCCAUGUCCUUUGUUGAAGAUGUCACCAUAGGUGAAGGAGAGUCCAUCCCUCCUGACACCCAGUUUACAAAAACAUGGAGGAUACAAAACACAGGGACAGAGGUAUGGCCUCCAGGAGUUUGUCUGAAGUACGUUGGGGGAGACCAGUUCGGCCAUGUAAACAUGGUAAUGGUCAGGUCCCUGGAGCCCCAGGAGAUUGCAGAUGUCAGCGUUCAGAUGUGCAGCCCCAGCACAGCAGGAAUGUAUCAGGGACAGUGGCGAAUGUGCACUGCCACAGGACUGUAUUAUGGAGAUGUCAUCUGGGUGAUCCUCAGUGUGGAAGUUGGAGGACUUCUAGGAGUAACACAGCAGCUGUCAUCCUUUGAAACGGAGUUCAACACGCAACCGCACCGCAAGGUAGAAGGAAACUUUAACCCAUUCGCCUCUCCACAGAAGAACAGGCAACCAGAUGAAAACAACCUAAAAGACCCUGGGGGUUCUGAGCUAGGCACAAUCAGCAAAAACACGUGGGGGCCUGCUCCUGACCAAAUUGAACAAGAUCAGAAUGGACUGUCACAAAACUCUGUAAAUCUCUCCCCCAGCAGUCACUCGAACAACUUGUCGGUAGUGACAUACAGUAAGGGUUUCCACGGUCCUUAUCCCUUCGGACAGUCUUAAAACACAAACACAAAAAAACGGGUAUCGACAAGAGGAGAAUUUAACAAAGAACUGACUUUUGGGGGGAAGGGAGGGGGAUUCAUGUGGCAAACAGACACAGCGUGGACCCCCCUCCUCUGCCUCCAUGUUCUGGAUAAAGAAGAAAAUAAAAUCAAAAUCCCAAUAACUUAAGACUAGCUGUUUCCGGAGGAAAAAAAUCUAAGUAUGCAUGUGUGAAUGCUGAAUUUCAGGAGUGUUGUUUAAUGCUACGAGAAGGAAACUAUACCAACACCAUGAUUUUUUUUUUCUUUUCAGAAGUCAUUCUCACACAGAAUUAGGUAGCUUAAAAAGUUUAAAAAAAAGAAAUGGAAAAGCCAUCUUUUAAAAAAAUUCUGCCUACAGAGCGGUUGUAGUUUGAGCAAAUGUUUAAUUUGUUUCUUUCCUGUUCAUAUUUUUUUAAAGAAGGGACAGCGUGCAUUUUUGUGGAACUGUCACGUUUUGCUUGUUACCCAAUGGACAUUUGCUUCGCAUCUUCUGGGGGUUUGUGCAGUGACUUCUUUGUGUUGGCUGUGUUUUAAUGGCAGGCUGGGGCUGUACCCAGCUCAGCGUUUUUAAUUUCACCUUCUGAUUUUAUUUACCCACUUCUUAAUCUUAAUUCUCUUUUUGUGUGUGUCUUUAUUUUUUCCUUCUGGUUUGAGUGUUGCUGUUAGUUGCCCUGCUGAAGACCAGGUCUCAGCAUCACAGCUGAAGAGAGAGACUCUGGGACUGGGGUAGGAUAAGAUGAGGGCUCCUUUCCCUUCCUCUUGUACAUGAAGUGCUCGUAUACACGACCAUAUUAAUAAGAAACAGACUUACUCAAGUUCCAGAGCUGUCCUACGUGGUUAGCAUUUUAAAAUACUAUUUUUUGUUAACUCUUGAUGUACAAUAGCUGUGCCUAGAGCAACCAAGCGAGUGUAUCGGUCUUGUGCCAAGAGGAAACUAUUUUUCUGUAGCUGUAAUUCACUUGAUGAUAGUCGCAGAGCUUUGCAAGUCACGUCCUCAUAGUUCUGAAUCUCCCAUCUCUCUCAUACAAUGUAAGUUUGAAUUCCUUUCUCCUGUUAUAAAGCGUUAGCUUAGAGGCUAAUUCUUUGCAUUUUUGAAUGUAGAGCAAGAGUUAGAAUCAGCAGCUGGAUUCCACUCUGUCGCCUUGUAUUCAUUCGCCUUUAUCAUCCUGGCUCGUGUAGCUUUGAGGCUCUCACCUUUCCAAUGGGCUCUCCAGGGCUUGUUGCUAGAGGAAGGAGGACUUGUUCCUCUAGAGAUACGGGUUGCUCUGUUGUUCCUCCAAUGUAUCUUCAUGCAGUUAUUGACUGGAAAGCCCAGCGUGAAGGGAGAGUGGCCUUGUGGGGUCCUAAGGGACUGUGUCCCCACAGAUCCUUCUGCAGGGGCACUGACUUAGCAGGAAACCUGAAGGCCAGAAGAGCCAUCUGCCAAAGAGACAAUGAUAUGCAAAUACCCCACAACCUUCUUCCGAAUCUUUCUGGUGCAGACUCCUUUCAGAGCAGAGCGCAGGCUUGCUGCAUGGUGUGUGGCAUUUUCUUGAUUUGUUUUGAAUGGGGGAUCAGUUCGUAUUGCAGCUACCAAUUAGUGCAGGCAGGUGCUUCUUGUGGAGGACUGCAGGUCUCCUCUGAAUCCAGCAGAGGAAGAACUGGACCUUUGGGAGCACAUGUGCUUUGGUGAACAGACCUGGGUCUAUCUCAGCAGCUUGCUAGAGCUGGGUAAGUGGUACAGAUCCAGACUGAACUGCUCUGGAAUGUACCCAUGAAGGCGGUGCUGCGCUGCGUGGUGCUGCUGCGGUGUUUUGUUCGUGUCCUGUUACAUCCUUCUGCCCCGAUUGAGUUGUGUUCUCGUAGCAUUCAGUCUAGGGAGUAGUUUGCAUUGCGGCAUUGUAGCUUGGGCAAGUGGAUUCUUCCUCUGCUCCUUCCUUUCCGAGCAGGUGGUAAAUGUGCCAAGCUCUGAAGGCAUGAACUUGACCAUCACAUCUCUUGCAGUACUGCCACUGCCCUUCUGAAAGCAUCUAAAACACUGGAGGCUGCUGUUUGUCCAGAUGACGAGGUGAUUCCUUAUCUUUAUUAGCUCCCUUUGUCAGCUGUGUAGUGGAAGGGGGCAGGGGAAGGAAAUAAGACCUCGGUGUGCACUGCAGCUGGUGCUGCAACCUUUGCCUUGCGUCAGCUGGGAGACCCUUGAGCCUCAUACCCCCACUUCAGCUUUCUGCUCCUGGGCACGUAUGCUCUUCCUGUAGGGAAUGGCUGCCACGCUUGUGUUCCUGUGCUGCUCCUGCUAAGAAUGAAUCUUCCUUUUCUUGAAGAAAAAAAAAAAACGAAAAGCUUGCAUGGUGCACCCCAAGUAGUCCUGUGCUUUCCCACUCAGAAGGCAUCCUUGUUCGGCGCAGGUCUGGGUUCUCCCUCCUCGUGAGUGUGUUCAAUCCGCAGUGUCCUUGUGGCAGGAGCUGCUUCCUGCAGGGUGUGGAGGAAGGCAGGGCCAGAGCCUCGUGCUGCUGCAACCUGCAGCCUCGUGCUGCUCCCGUUACAGCUGUUCCCCGGGGAGCUGAGUGUAAGCACUCAUCUGUGGGAACGAUCUCUCUGAAAAUGAUGGUGCAGAGCUCCAGGUGCUUUGAGAGUCGGGGCUGUAACCCUUGCUAUGACAGUGGGAGAAUGUUUAAAUUAGCGGUUGCUCUACCUCUGGGUUUUUCCUCUUGUGAAAACUGUUUCUCUGAGGCUGAGGGUGGUUUUAUCUCCUCUGGUUUCUUGAAACGUAGUGGUACAGCCAGCCCUCAAACUGCUCGUGCUGUCAGGUUUCCAGAUCUUAAAUAGAGAGGUCUGAGUUGUUCAGGUGUCAUCGGGGCACUGGGAUCCGUAUUGAUUUCUAUAGGGCUGACGCAGCCAAACUCGUGGGGACUUUAACAUCAGAUAGGUGAAACCGAAGGCAUGACUUCUCAGGAUUGCUCUGCAGUUAGCAUGCAGUGUGUGCGGGCUCAGAGGAGCCAGGCCAGGGGGGUUAAGCACGCAGAACUCAGGCUUGUGAGAAAUAGGAGGAAACCAUCGCUAGGUUGAGAGGCUGCAUCGCCCCAAUGGGGUUGGUACCCCCUGGUGCAGGAGGGUGCGGUGACAGAGGCUGCAACUGGCUCUGGUCUCUGAUUAACGCCCAUCUGUCCUGAGAAGGAGAAAGAGAUCUUCCUCACCCACUGCCCUUCCGAAAAGAAAAACCGAUGCCAUACAUCUCUGGUGUCUAAAGUUGGAUCCCCGUGCCAAGCGUGAGUCCAGGCACCCUCACUCAGCCCAGGAAAGUCAGAGCACGGAGCAGGUGGGAGUUAAACCCCACGCUGUUAGAGCCACGCUGGGGGGUGGGCUGGGAUCUGCUGCAGCACAGGGACGUGGCUGCGUGGGCUGGAGAGCAGCCGGGGUCUGCAGGGCUGGGAAAUGCACGCUGUCCCGUGUCUGGGUUUCUGUUGUGUGUUUAAUUUUUUUUCUUGUGUGAGUGAGUGGGUGGUUCUGCAGCCUGUCUAUUCUCUCUGGGGGGAGUGCAUGUGUAGAACAGGAUGGUGUGUUGCCUCGAGUCUGGGAGGAGUCCUAUGAUAGCACACUGGGGGUAAAAAAAAAAAAUAAAAAAUAAAAAGGAAGCUUUUU